GGUGAAGGCUCAGUCAUAUUGGAAUUAAAGAGGUUUACACAUGAGUAAUUCAUUUUUUAUAUAACUUUCAGUAUCGUUGAGGCAAUUAUCAACUAUGCGUAUACUGGGAGAUUGUUGAUAACUUCUGAAAACGUUCUAAGACUGUUUCUAAUUGGGCAUAGUCUCGGUUCUCAAAAAAUAAUUUCGUGGUGCAUUGAAUAUCUUAAAACAAGGUAGGCUAAUAUUACUCAUUUGGACCUCAAAAGAAUAUCUCUAGAGAAUGUUAUAGCUAUUUGGUCCGCAGCUAAUUCAACGGAGAAUGAAGAGCUUAUUGAUCUGUGCUUGCCUACUAUAACAACAAACUUUGCAGAACUCUAUCAGAAAAAAAAUUUUUUGGCCAAAACUACAUCAAAUUCUUUGAAAUUCAUUUUUAAAAGAAUUUUACAAGCAGAAGACUUGAAACUUCAGGCAACUUUGGAAUGGUUGAAUUCUGGUGUUGAAGAGGCUGACCUAAAUGAAAGAGUUCGAGAUUUCAAAACAGUGAUCUCCACCAUUAAUCUGACUGAUGUUACUAGGACGAUUCUGAUGCAAAUGUGGCACUCCGAGACUGUGGUUGGAUCUAUCCAGCAAUGUAGGCAAGUAAUUCUUAUAAAAAUGCGUUUAUGCGAUGGAAAGAACUAUCUUGUUCGGUCCUGGAUUCGCACUCAAUAUGCUACACAUGGCAAUAAUUUCGAUGGCGUUCUAGAGGGUCAACAUCAGGGAAAUAGUAAUAGGAUAUUCGUAUAUGGUUGGGAAAAGUCAACAAAAAGCUGGAUGAUAUCAUCUAUUCCUCAGCUGCAACCAGAAAUAUCAAUUAGUAUUCGCGUGCCUUUUAGCGGAGAAUCAGUCAUUUGCGGAGAUAAAGUAUUUAUUUUUGGUGCAUACAACGCCAAAGAUUCAUUGAUAACUGUCGAUCUCUCAUCUGGUGAAACUUUCGAGCCACCUGUAUUUCCACAACCACGAAAUGACUAUUCAGUCGCCGUUAAAGAUGAAUUCAUUUUCUUAUUUGGUGGACAUUAUGAGGGAAAAUGUCUUCAAGACUGCGAAAAACUCGAUACUUUAAAUAAUACAAUAGUUAAAUCGGAAAAUAUGUUGAAUUUACGCUUUGGAAGUUCGGCAUUAAAUAUUCCUGGAAUGGGAAUAGUCGUUGUUGGCGGAUGUGACAGGGUUGGAAGUACUUUACCGACACUCAGAAGUAUUGAAAUGCUGAUAGAGGUUGAUGGUGAAGGAAGUGAAAGUAAAUGGAUUGAAUUUCCGCCAAUGUUAAAGGAGCGCUAUCGACCAGGAGUUGCUUUGUUCCAGGGAUUUAUCGUUGUCGCAGGAGGCGACACCAAUUUCAGUGUCGAAUAUUAUCCCUUAACCGCUGGAGAUCAAGAACUAUCUCAAUGGACUUUCAUCAGUGCAAUUGACAGAUAUAAUUUGAAAAGAAUAUCUCUCGUCACGUUUAAUAACAGGCUGUUGCUAAGUUCGUUUAAUGACUCAGAGGGAAGCAUUUUCGAGCUUUCACAAGAUGAGGAGCCACUAUCGUGUACCGUUUUGGCGCAACACAUGAAAAUGUCUGCAAUUAUCGGUGAAGGCCAUUCUAAGAUCACAGACCUAGAUUCUCCCAUUAGCAAUACGGAACCCAAUAUAUCUAUUCCAAGUGAUUCUUCAAAUUAUGGGUCUAGUUCACUAGAAUUUAUUAUUCCUGAGAAGAAACAUCCUCGUAUGCAAAAUGCAACGUUUUGCGCUGAAUAUGUCAUAGGAUCAACCAAGCACACAAAUGAGGCCGAUUUUGCAUCUUCAGCUGCUGACAAGAAAAUUAACACGAAACCCCCUGAUUCGAUUUUUUUUGAUUUGAUCCACUGGAAGAACCCUCGAAUAUCGGCACUGGUUCUCUCUUUAAUUCUGACUCUCGAAAUGCUACUUCUUGUUUGUUCCAUAAUUUCAAUUUUAUCAAAUUUCUUCCUUCUACUUUUGCUCUCUUCUGUUGGUGCGCAUUUUUAUUUCCGAUCAAUCGGAUGCCCAGAAGAUAAUCCAUUAUGCUGCAUUCAGGCAUGGGAUUUCCGUCUUAGCCCAGUGACCUCUUCAAAACUUGCUCAAAUAAUUACAACUCGAGUAAAUAAUUUCAUUCAAUUCACGAUCGAUCUCUUCCUUAUUCGAAAUGUCUUCAACUCGCUUUGUGUAAGUUCAUUAUUAAUUGUCCCGAUAGGUUCAUGUUUUCGGCAGUUUGGCUUCCUACUCUAUGGAUUGGCCUACAUUGGACCUCAUUUCAAUUUCCCCACAUUUUGCAUUUUGAGUCCCACCUUAAUUGAUCUCCAUUACAGUGUUAUUGUUCGGAAUACCGAAACUACUGGAUCUCUGCAAGGUCGGCUUUCAAUUCACAAACCCUCACUGAAAGCUCUUUUAGGCCCAAAUUGA